GAUUACGUCAUACCUUCCCCCACCUUCGUAACAAGCGAGAGGAAAGUGAAAAAACGGCUCCGAAUGCCUGAACUUCCUCUAUAUUUUUCUUCUUUGAAUGACGUAUAGAUACGUCAAUGGCACUUAGCGAUGUGUGCCAAAUGACGUAUAUAUACGUCCUUGGCACUGACAGAGUGACAGUGUUAAACUGCGCCAUCAUCGCGCCAUUUUAUAGGACUGUUUUGAAUAGGUGAUAUAAACACAAAUAUCUGAAACAAUCUCGCGGGAGUCUUCGGCAGAGGAUACGAUGCAGAAUUUGUAGAAUGGACCACAUUGAUCACGAUAGCAGCAGUGACUCGUCUAGUGAAGAAGAAGGUCAAGGUGUCGUUGCGCAAUAUAAUGACAGCAACAUUCCAGGAACUUCACGAAGAAGCGAACAGGGUGACAACCGCGUCUAUAAUGAUGAACAUGGCGAAACCAAAGUUGAAGAAGUCGCAGCAGGAUCAAGUGGUCAAGCUGACGAUCGCAUCGUGACUGAUGAACGUGGACAAACUUCAGUUAAAUACGACGAGGAAGGCGAGAGAAUGGAAAUUGAUUAUGUCGAUGACGAAGAUCAUCCAUUCAUGACCCCGGACGAAGAAGAUAAUGAUGAUACUUUGCAUGAUAAUCGUCAGCAACCUCGAGGUCCCGGACGUGAAGGACCGCAGGUUGAAGAACCACAUGGCGACGAACAAGAAAAUAAAGAGGAAGAUGAAGGUGUUGUCGUCACUGUGGUUCGAGAUGACGACGACGAACAUCAAAGAAAGGCGUUCAAGUCCAGGGAAGAGGAAAAAAAGAAGUAAUGAAUAAUUGAAUGAAUUUUCAAUUACAUAUCAUCUUAUUGGAAAUUUUAGUUAUCAAAUAUACGUGUUUGAACUAGCAAUGAUAGAAUGAAUUUUAAAUAACAUAUCGUUGUACAUAAUUUUAGGUUUUGAAUAUACGCGUUGAUAUGAUCGAAUGAAUUAUAUAUCAUCUUAUUGAAAUUUUGGGUUGUUGAAUAUACGCUUCAAACUAGCAAAAUAUAAUCA